AUGAGCUUAAGUCAACGUAAAACAUUUAGGCUCACAGAUAUGACGUAUAAAAAGUCAGAACAUAAAUUAAUCUAUUUUACUUUAUUAAACGAUUUGUUACUCUUAAUUUUAAAUUUGUCCUUCCUUACAAUUCAGAAAAUAUUAUUUGGUGUAAACAGACUCAAAAAGUUUAUUUCUGGAUAUUAUAGGCAAGACAAGGGGAGAAAGAUGAAUGUGUAUUUUACGUACAAAUCAAAUGAAGAUCUUCAGAUAGGAACGUUUAUUGACGAUGAUACUAUUUUGGAUGGAGUUGUUCAUAUGCGUCUAGCUCAAAGACAAUCAACUGAAAUUAUGGUAACACAAGUUUAUGCGUUACUUGAUGAAAGCUAUACAUCUGAAUGCUGGAUGAUUUUGCCUACAACUCAAUGUUUCGUAUCUAAAAAUAACAGUAAAUUUUUGAGCAAAUUAAAUAACAAGAAAUUUCUCAGCAAUUGCAUCCUAGCCCAACUUUUUUUCUUCCACUCACCUGUUAUUUUUGUUCCGUUUAGCCGCAGUAGAGGUUCUAAGGCUCAAUCCAAUGUACGACAACCAAAGUGGCACCCAAAUUACUUUAUAAAAUUACAAAUGAGUGAUGUAAUCUCAAAAAGACCUGACCUCUUCAUAAUUAUAAAAAUACCACAAAUUUAUCAAACAAACAAAAUCAGCUCUCUUGAAAUGUAUUUUAUGUUUCAUACUGGUGUGAACAUCAAAAUCUUCACUGUGAAUUUCAACAGAUUUCGUUAUCCAUUUGUAGUCGAAUUUAUCGUCACUGCAUUUAAUUUAUUAAUAGCCAUCUUUAAAACAUUAUUUUUAGGAAGCCUGUAUUGUUUACAUGCAUGGACAAUCCAAGAAUUAAACGAUAAAGUGAAACAGUUGAAAAGCAAUAAAAAGUGGUGCUAUUUGAACACAACUGCAUCAUGGGAGCGUUUUAUUUUGCCAUCAAGUGUUGUUGCAGUAAUUAAUUGCUUUCAAAUAAAAUUUGAUUCAGAGGCACUUGUUGUUCAUUAUGAAGGAGUGAGGUUGGUUGUCAAGACGUCUACGGAGGUGUGUGGUGGAUGA